AUGAUCACCACCAGCAGUACUGGCGAACGUCAUCGGACCAGACGCGAACGCAGACGAUACAUCGGCGAACAGAAACGAAAGAAAGAGCACGACGAAGCUCCAAUGGCCGAAGUGACGGUGGCUGUCAGCAGCGACGCCGACGACGGCACCAGCACUGUCGGGGCUGCUGCAGCGGAGGACGACGAGCAAGAGGAGGAAGAGGAAGCGGUGGCGGACGCGCUGGCGGUCGCGGUGAGUACCGCAAAGGCUAAGUCGAAGGCGACGGCGGCGACGAUGAUGAAGGCGAAGACGACGGCAGCGGCAGCGGCAGCGGCGACGACGAAGGCGACGGCGACGGAUACUAAUGCUGCUGCUGCUGCUGCUGCUGCUGAUGCUGAUGCUGAUGCUGCUGCUGCUGCUGCUGACGCUCAGAUUGUUGAGGCGAACGGGGGCGUGCAGGCACUGCUACACGACAAGACCAGCACUGACGUGUGCAGUUGUGCAGGCGGCGACAGGCGACACGACAGGGUGACGCGUUGCAGACCGUUGGUUGCGUUCUGUCGCUAUCGACGAGUUGGCAACCGAGCAGGACAACCAGGAACCAGGAACGGCUGA